AUGGGCAAGGCGGCGCGGUGGUUCCGCAGCUUGCUUGGCGGCGGGAGGAAGGACCAGGACAGGCGGGCCUCACCGGCGCCGGCGCCCCCCACGGACAGGAAGCGCUGGAGCUUCGCGAGGUCGUCGCGGGACUCGGCCGAGGCCGCCGCGGCGGCCACCGAGGGCUCCGUGCGUGGCGGUGCCGCUGCUGGCGGCGGCAACGCGGCGAUCGCGCGGGCGGCCGAGGCCGCGUGGCUCAAGUCGCUGUACGACGACACGGGGCGGCAGCAGAGCAAGCACGCCAUCGCCGUCGCCGCGGCCACCGCGGCGGCGGCGGACGCGGCCGUGGCCGCCGCGCAGGCCGCGGUCGAGGUCGUCCGGCUCACCAGCCAGGGCCCGGUCUUCAGCAGCGGAGCGGGAGGGGCCGUUCUGGACCCCCGCGGCCGCGCCGGCGCCGCCGUCAAGAUCCAGACGGCCUUCAGAGGCUUCUUGGCCAAGAAGGCGCUGCGAGCGCUCAAGGCGCUGGUGAAGCUGCAGGCGCUGGUGCGCGGCUACCUGGUGCGGAGGCAGGCGGCGGCGACGCUGCAGAGCAUGCAGGCGCUGGUCCGCGCGCAGGCCACCGUCCUUGCCGCCCGCUGCUGCCGCGCCCUGCCCUCGCUCCCGCCCCUCCACCACCCUGCCGUCCGCCCGCGCUUCUCGCUGCAAGAGCGGUACGCUGACGACACGCGCAGCGAGCACGGCGUGGCGGCGUACAGCCGGCGCCUGUCCGCGAGCAUCGAGUCGGCGUCGUACGGGGGCGGGUACGACCGGAGCCCCAAGAUCGUGGAGAUGGACACGGCGCGGCCCCGGUCGCGCGCGUCGUCCCUGCGCACCGAAGACGAGUGGUACGCGCAGUCGGUGUCGUCGCCGCUGCAGCCGCCGUGCCAGCACCAGCACCACCUGCCCCCGCUCAUCGCGGUGCCGACGUCGCGCCACUUCCCGGACUACGACUGGUGCGCGCCGGAGAAACCCCGGCCGGCGACGGCGCAGUGCACGCCACGGUUCGCGCCGCCGACCCCCGCCAAGAGCGUCUGCGGCGGUGGCGCGGGGGGCAACGGCGGCUACUACGGCCACCACCUCGCCGCGGGGUCGCCCAACUGCCCCGGGUACAUGUCGAGCACGCAGUCGUCGGAGGCAAAGUCGUCGUCCCGGUCGCAGAGCGCGCCGAAGCAGCGGCCGCCGGAUCAGCAGCAGCAGCAGCCGGCCAGGAAGCGCGUGCCGCUGAGCGAGGUGGUCCUGGAGGCCCGCGCGAGCCUGGGCGGCGCCGGCGUAGGCAUGAUGCACAAGCCGUGCAACACCCGCGCCGCGCAGGCGGAGGAGGCGUUCGACUUCCGCGCCGCCGUUGUGAGCCGGUUCGAGCAGCGCGCGUCGGACGCCGCCGCCACGGCGGCCGAGCGGGACCGCGACGUGCUCUUCCUGCAGAGGAGGUGGUGA